AUGGCAGCAACCAACCACACGGCCGUGGUGGAGUUUCUCCUGCAGGGCCUCUCAGAUAACCCCCGGCUGCAGGGUGUCUUCAGUGCUCUCUUCCUCCUCCUUUACCUGACUGCUCUUGCAGGGAACAGCCUCAUCCUCAUGGCCAUCUACCUGAACCCGGGGCUCCACACCCCAAUGUACUUCUUUCUUACCAACCUGGCCAUCUUAGACAUUGUCUGCACAUCCACGGUUCUCCCCAAGUUGCUGGAGAAUCUGAUGGUUAAGGGCACCAUCUCCUACAGGGCCUGCAUGACCCAGACAUUCUUCAUGACAUGGAUCCUGGGGGCUGAGCUGCUGCUCCUCCCAGUCAUGGCAUAUGACCGCUAUGUGGCCGUCUGCCAGCCCCUGCACUAUCACACACUGAUGAGCAGACCCCACUGUGCCCUGCUGGCAGGCAGUGUGUGGGCAAUCAGCGGGGUCAACACCUGUGUCCAAACUGGCCUGAUGACACAUGUAACAUUCUGCGGCAACAAUCAGAUUCAUACCUUUCUUUGUGAAGUGCCCACAGUGCUGUUGCUUGCCUGUGGUCCAAAGAACCUGAACAACAUCAUGAUAUUUACUGCAGAUGGGUUCUUUGGGGUGUUCAACUUCCUGCUCACCAUGUUGUCCUACGCCUUCAUCAUCGCCAGCAUCCUGCGCAUCCGCUCGGCCGAGGGCAAGCGCAGGGCCUUCUCCACCUGCUCCUCCCAUCUCCUGGUGGUCUGCCUGUACUACUCCACUCUCAUCUACACCUACUUCCUCCCAGGGUCCACCUCCUCCAUGGAAAAUAACAAAGUGGCUGCCAUCAUAUAUACGGCAGUCAGCCCCACCCUGAACCCACUCAUCUACACUCUGCGCAACAAGGAUGUAAAAGUGGCCCUCGGGAGGGUGCUUCCCACAUUCAGGAAAUGA